GGAGCGGCUGUCGCUGUGCGGGCUCUGGAGAGCGAUCGUGCUGCGGGACCGAGAGGGGAUGAGGGACAGGGCGGCCGAGCUGGGCGUGCAGGCCCCGGGGGGACCCCAAAAUCCCGUGCCCCCCCCCAGGGAGCGGCUGUCGCUGUGCGGGCUCUGGAGAGCGAUCGUGCUGCGGGACCGAGAGGGGAUGAGGGACAGGGCGGCCGAGCUGGGCGUGCAGGACUGGCUGCUGUUCUCGGAGAUGCUGCUGCAGCGCCCCCUGAGCCGCCGCUCGCGCCUGCUGGCCGCCCCCGGCGCUCACCUGGAGGAGCCGCUGGCCGGGGCGCACCUGCGGGGCGCACCUGAGGGGCACCUGAGCGCGGCCGAGCGCGGCUACAUGCAGAGCAUGGCGGCGCGGCGCUUCCCGCAGGUGCUGCAGGUGCUGCGCGCGCUGCCCCGCCCCAUGCUGCUGGUGUUCCGCAACAUCAACACGGUCAGGAGUGUCCACGGGGCGCUGGGCGCACCUGCGGACAGGUACGGCAUCAUGGCCCGCAGGUGAGACACCUCUGAGAGGGACAG